AUGACCGGCAUCCUGUCUUCCACCGUCGGCUGCGCGUGGUUUCCCGACUCCUCGGGGUUACUGAUCAAGUUGGUUGGACUGCCAAUACUCGUUGCAUUUCUGGUGUGGGAGUUCCGAUCAUGGUAUCGGCUGAGAAAGAUCCCCGGCCCUUUCCUAGCAUCGGUUUCGGUUUUGUGGCAGUUGAAGAAAGCAGUUGGAGGGACUUACCACGAGCACUUGAAUGACGUUGCUAGGAAAUAUGGACCCCUGGCGCGCAUCGGCCCAAACGAGCUGCUAUGCACUGACCCCGACUCACUGCGCAAGAUGUCGGCCGUCCGCUCGCCAUACACCAAAGGCGAUUUCUACGAUUCCGGCCGCAUCACCCCCGGCGUUGAUAAUGUCGUCUCGAUGCGGGAUGAAGAGGAACAUAAGGCCAUGAGGGCACGCAUGGCACCGGCCUAUGCUGCAAAGGAAAACGAGGGUUUUGGCUUCGAGACGGGCAUCGACCGCCAGCUCAUGAAUUUCGUCCAAUUGGUUGACCAGCAUUAUGUCUCUAUCGAUGCCGAGUUCCGACCGCUAGAUCUCGCUGAGAAGACGCAGUACUUUGCGUUAGACGCUAUUGGGGACAUUUCUUUUGGCGGCGCGUUUGGAUUCCUUGCAGAAGACAGGGAUCUGUUUCGGUACAUCGAGAUCAACGAGUCGUCACUGCCCAUCAUGAACGUCGUCUCGGUGCUUCCAUGGCUAGGUCGACUUGUUCACAAGUGGCCAUUCCGUUUGAUGUUGCCUACAGAGAAUGAUCAAAUCGGCUUUGGGCGUUUGAUGGGUUUCGCUAGGAACUAUGCCGAAAUGAGACUACAGCCUGGAGCGAAGCCCCAGAAGGAUAUGAUGCAGGCCUUCAUCAAUCAGGGCCUCGACCUGAACGAGCUCAUCCAGAUCGUCUACAUCCAUAUGAUUGCUGGCACCAAUUCUGCCGCGCAAGCGAUGCGCAUGACUUUACUAUCGUUGAUAAAUAAUCCCGUCGCCUACCGCAGACUCCAGCGGGAAAUCGACGGCGCCAUAGCGGCGGGCUCAAUCAGCUCUCCCAUCACCAACUCCGAAGCUCUUAAGCUUCCGUACCUCCAAGCCGUCAUUCGCGAGGGCCUGCGAUUUUAUCCCCCAGUAACAGGACUAGGGUUCAAGCAGGUACCUGAAGGCGGUGACGUGCUCAACGGCUACUACGUUCCCGCAGGCACACAAGUCGGGCAGAACUUCUUCGGCGUCGGUCGGUCACAGUGGGUUUGGGGCUCUGACGCCGAUGUUUUCCGCCCUGAGCGAUGGCUUUCGGCGAGUGCAGAGGAGCUGAAGCAAAUGAACGCAGCCGUUGACACACACUUCGGCCAUGGCAAGUACUCAUGCUUGGGAAAGUCCAUUGCCAUGAUGGAGCUGAACAAGGUUUUCGUCGAGCUGCUACGGAGAUAUGACUUCACUGUCAUGAACCCCGAAAAGCCCAUCAAGACGCUCAGUGCGAUCUUCUUUGUCGCUCGAGACUUUUGGGUACGGCUCACGCGUCGCUCCGCCGAGACGUGGUGA